AUGGUGGGAGCGGAGGUCAUCCCCGCAGAGGAGACUGCGUUGAUACUCUACGAGGCGAUUUCGCAUGGCUAUCCGGAUAUAGUAGAGGCGCUGAUCCGCCAUGGGCUCGACUGGAAUUUACUCAAGCGUAAUAUAAAAAACAAACCUUUAGGGUUCGCGCUCGCAAUGGUCAAGGAUAAGUUUCCGCUGUCCUCUGCUACUAAAGCAAUUAUUAGACAUCUUACCGCUGUAUUGUUCGAAACCUCGGGUAAUUCCGAGAGCAUUCUUUCUUCUACCCCGGUGGUGGUGGAAGAUGUGUUCGAGGUGACGCGAAUUCAAGUUGACAAGUUUGGAGUGACAUUGACUCGAAUCCAGGCUUCGAAGAUACUACUGGGUGCCAGAAUCUGGGACGAAAAGUCAAGACAAUCGGAAACAGCCCGUCGUUUUGAUAGUCAACCAGCUGUGGCUUUGAAUGCAGACGUGGUUGUUUCGACCUUUCCCCUAAGAGGAGCAUGCUCGCCAGACGACCUAGACAGAUACGAUAUGACCGACAUGCUUGGAAAGGUUACCACAAAGAUCCUCCGACAGGAAAAUCUUCUGCAGCCAACUGCUCUGGAAGAUCUCCUGUUGAAAAUCAUCGAGUGCGUUGUGCAUGGACCCUGA